GACCUCCGCCGGCCGCUGUUCGUCGCCGAUUCCUCUCCGUCGACGGUGGGCAGCUGAGGGGAAAUUAAAAGUAAAGAGCAGGGGGAAAAAAGGUUGGCGUGGGGGGGAAAAGACGAUCCAACCUUCACACCCUUUUUCAGUUUCCACCUGGACGGUUGUCAGUCAAGAUUGAGCUCGACAAAAUUUUUUUUUUACCUCAUAAAAUCACGCCACAGCCAGAAAGUGCCUGAGCCCCAGGCCAGAGGAAAACCGAGCACAAUGUCUUAAUCUGCACCAAGGAGGCUUACAGGGACCUGUGCUGCAGCUGAAGACGGAAGCUGGAUUAUUGCCAGUAAUCCUCAGCCAGGAUUUAAGAAUUGGCCAUGGAUGUUUUUGGCUGGACCAGCCUUUAAUGCCCGUCCCUACUUGUCCUUUAGAAGGUGGUAGUGAACUGCCAACUUGAAUUGCUGCAUUCUCCUUGGUAUAGGGUCCCAACAUGGGAGCAGCCGAGGAUGAGCUGAUUGGGAUCCCCUUCCCGGAGCACAGCAGCGAGCUGCUGCAUAGCCUCAACGAGCAGAGGCGCAAGGGGCUGCUCUGCGACCUGACCAUCGUGGCUCAGGGGCUGGAGUACCAGACUCACCGCGCCGUACUGGCUGCCUGCAGCCAGUACUUCAGGAAGCUGUUCACCGCCAGGCCCUUCCGAGGCCAGCGAGAUGUUUGCGAGCUGGACUUUGUGCAUCCCCGGGUGCUGGGCGCCCUCCUGGAGUUCGCCUACACGGCCACGCUGACUGUCAGCAGUUCGGACAUGAGGGAAGUGCUGCAGGCGGCCCGACUGCUGGAGAUUCAGUGCGUGACUGACGCCUGUGCCGACAUCCUGCAGAGCAGCGGCGUCUCCGAGCCACCGCAGCCAAACCCUGACCCUCCAGCCAUCUACACCGGAGCCUGCCUGUACCCAGAAGGCCCAGCCCAGGAGGAGGAGGCGGCUCCAGCCGUGACUGACCUUCAGACUCUGGAGGUGCCCAAGGUCCGGCGCCGCAAGAGGCCCAAGAAGCUGCCCCGGCUCUUGCUGAACCACCGCAGCAGGAGCCUAUACCGUAUCGUCCAGCCGCUGCAGACCUCCAUGGAUAUGGACCGUGAACCAGACCAGAGGCAACCGAAAGCCUGCCGGGGAGAGCGGGACCCCAGCCCCGGGACUGCCGGCCACCAGGAGGGCGAGGGGGACGGCAGCUUCCUCGGCCAGGAAGGUGGGGGACCGUCCUGCCACCAGCUGGUCUCCUCCUCCCCUCUCCCUCCUCUCGCCGGCGACGAAGAGGGUGCCGAACUGCCUGCCUCCGCCUACCUGAGCCUGGUCAGCAACGGCCUCCUCGGUGACGGGACACUGUCCUCGCUCGACAGGGCUCCGGGGGCCCGCCGCAGGAAAUCUCAGAUGCCCCAGGAGUGCCCCAUCUGCCACAAGGUCAUCCACGGAGCGGGCAAACUCCCACGGCACAUCCGCACCCACACCGGUGAGAAGCCGUUUGCCUGCCAGGUCUGUGGCGUCCGCUUCACCAGGAAUGAUAAGCUGAAGAUUCACAUGAGGAAGCACACGGGCGAGAGGCCGUACUCGUGCAACUGCUGUGACGCCCGCUUCCUCCACAGCUAUGACCUGAAGAACCAUGCCCGACUCCACACCGGGGACAGACCCUUUGAGUGCAGCCAGUGCCGCAAGGCCUUUGUACGUAUUGACCACCUCCAACGACACCUGAAGGGCCAGAACUGCCUAGAAAUCCGCACCAGGAAACGCAAAGGUGAGAGCCAGGGACUACAGGAACACCCGGUCAACUGGGAACGCUUGGCAGUGGAUGGCACCUUCCCAGAAGAAUAUGGGAUCGAGAGAGAGACCCCAGGAAUAGACUGCGUCUUCCCAGAGGGAUACAGGAUUGAGAAGGAAUCCCCAGGAAUCGAUGGUGCAUUCCCAGAGGGGUACGGGAUCAAGAAGGAGCCUUCGGCGACUGACAGGAAGAUCCCAGAGGGAUACGGGAUCAAGAGGGAAUCCCCAGGAAUUGAUGGUACGUUCCCAGAGGGAUACGGGAUCAAGAAGGAGCCCUCAGUGUCCGACAGAAAAUUCCCGGAGGGAUACGGGAUCAAGAGGGAAUCCCCAGGAAUUGAUGGUGCGUUCCCAGAGGGAUGCGGGAUCAAGAAGGAGUCCUCAGGGAUCAGCAGGAAAUUCCCAGAGGAAUACGGGAUCAAGAAGGAGCCCCUGGCAAUAGAUUAUACCUUUCCAGAAGGAUACAGGAUGAGGGGGGCACCUCUGGGACUAGACAACACACUCCCAGAGAGAUACAGGAUGACAGUGGAGCCCCUACAAACAGAAGGAGACAGUGACAUGGAUGACUCGCGAGAUUGGGGCCACAGCACAGCCAAAUGGAAUAGUCAACCAGGGGAAGACAUCCUAGUUGAUCCCUCAUAACCUGACCAAGCACAGUUAUAUUUUUUAUAAAUUGUUGCAGAACUCCCCUGCUCAAACCUUUGCAUAUUUUCUGCUUCAGAGGGACUGUGAAGCGGGUCUGUGGGAGGCAGGGAUUUUUUAAAAUAUGCUUUAAGCAUCUGCCUCUAUGCACCUUUUUAAUGUUUCUGGGAUAAGUGGCAACUGUUGCGAUGAAACACUGUUUUAUGUGUCUGAGUGAAUUGUGUGCUUGUGUAAAUGUGCAAGUGUUGUACAUGCAUGCGUUUGUGUCUGAGUGAAUGUGUGUACUUAUGUAAAUGUGCGAGUGUGUGUGCGCAUGUAUUUGUGUCUGAGUGUGUGUGUGUGCAUUUGUUUGAGUCUGAGUGAAUGUGUGUGUAUACACAUAUAAAUGUGCGAGUGUUACUACGGGGAAUAGCCUCUCUGAUAAUUAAACUGAAACACAAGCCCCAAUCUGUUAUAACAGGACUAGGGGUUCCCCUCCUAAUAAUUACUCUGAAACACCCAGAGAAGCUUGUCUUUCCCCUCAUAAUCUAUUAAAAGAGUGGUUAAAUGAAGGAAAAUUCCUGAUCUCCACUUUACAAGUAACAAAAAACAAUUUAUUUAUUUAACUCAACAAUGAACAAAUUAACAAAAUUACUAACAAACAGUCAAUUCCCCUUUAGACUACUAACUACUCCCUAACUGGUCUAAAUUCUACUGGAAUGCUGUAAACAAAGACAAGUCCCACUAAUAUAAACCCAAUUAAGAAGAAGCAACAAAUUAUAACUUAGUCUGUACGAACUUGGAGAGAUUGACUUCUGGAAUCUUCUGUCAUCUCCGGUCUCUUCACAAACACCUUUCUUCCGUUAAUUCUGCUGUCAGGGAUGUUUUACUUGUAUAAUCUCUUCAAUGAGGACUUUGAGCUAAAAUACCAUGGUACCUUUGUUUUAAAGUUUUUGAGAAGAUUUGUACCCACAAUCAGUAAAACUAAUCUAAUAUACAAAAUACCAUGCAAGGACUGUGAAAAACAUUUAGACCAAACUGGAAGAAAACUGACAAUAAGGAUACACAAACACCAGCUAGCCACCAAGAGACAUGACCAGUUCUCACUGAUCUCAAUAUACACGGACAAAGAAGGACACGAAUUCGACUGGGACAACACAUCCAUAAUAGCACAAGCCAAACAGAGACACACCAGGGAAUUCCUGGAGGCCUGGCAUUCCAACCAGAACUCCACCAACAAACACAUUGAAGUAGACCCAAUACACACAGCAUUCAAAAACAGAAUCGAAAGUAAUGCCAACCACCCCAGCAAACUGAGGGAUAUAAAGAACAAGCGGGACAGAACACCAAUGCUUCACCGGAGGUGCACUGACGAUGCUACCUAGCAGGGUGACGAAACGUCUGCAACCAAACACACCAGGCUCAGUGAGCAAGUCUAUAACCUCGGUACCUUUGAUUAAUUAGAUGGACUUUCUCUGAGAGCUGAAUGGUACUAACGCUGGCAGGUGACGCUCUCUUUCAGAUGGUAGUUAGCUCUCCCUGAUUUUCCAAAUGCCCUUGUCUUGUAGACCCAUAAUAACAUAAUCAAAUUCUUAUAGUAUGAUUGGUUUCAGGUUGUCAACACCAUCAGAUUUAAAUUCAAUUGGCUUUCAGUUUGCUUUUAAACGAGUUGGCCUCAUUCAAACUCAUUGUCACAACGUCAAGACAAGACUGCUGUUUUGCCUGCCAACUGUAAGGCUUUUUUGAUGCGUUUGUUUCGCUUUUUAAGACUUUCUGUACUGGCAGCUUCAGCCACUGCUCACAGAGAUACUUUUCUAAAAAAAAUUUGUAAGUACAGUUAAAACACACAUCUCUGAAAGGAACUGCCCAUUUUAGCGUCCUACCUUCCACUUCACAAUUACUUUACCCAAUUUCGUAACACGAGUGUGUGUGUGUAUAUGUUUGUGUCUGAAUGAAUGUGCGUACAUGUAUAAAUGUGUGUGCGCGCGCACGCGUGCAUUUGUAUGUGAGUGAAUGUGUGCGUAUACAUGCAUAAAUAUGAGAAUGUGUGUGUGCACGCAUUUGUAUGUGUUUGAGUGAAUGUGUGCAUGUAUGUGUAAAUGUGCGAGUAUGAGAUUGUGUAUAUCUCUACAUGUGAGUGUGUGUGUAUGUAUGUCUGGGAUAAUUUGGAGUUACUUGUUUUCUGAAUGUUCUCAAUUUGGUAGCGAGAAACAGUUUAUCUCUGAUGCAAGGCCCAGCACACAGGCACAAGUGUCAGGCACAUCCCUGGUGGAAUGUAGCCCCUGAUGGGGACUGGUAUCAGGCCCUCUGGGGGAGCCGGCAAGAGACACAUAGAAGCUGCCGAGUAGUUUUCUCCAGAGGGUUAGCAUUGUCAUGCUUUGGUGAAAUUGCGACGUGAUGUGGGCGAGGAGCGUGAGCACAUAAAGGCAGUAGGACUCCGUCCUCUGCUUUCCGCUCCUGGAGAGAGCCUCCCUUCUCCUGGGCCUUGCUGUCCUGCACUUGCACUUGGCUCUCAAUGUCCAGCCAGCAUAGCGAUCGUUUCCAAAUCCCCAAGGUGGUGUCCGUUCAGCCUUUAUUCCUCGUCACACCUUCCCUGUUGAAUUCCGCUCCCCCCCAUCAUCCCUCCUCUCUGGGGAAGCAAGCACAGCUCUUGCCAAGAACCCUGCUCCCAAUUAGGAACCGCUUGCAGAGUCAGCUCACCAAACAAGAAUAAAGUUCUGAAUCAUUGGGAAAACAGUUGAUUCCACUAGUUUAUCACCUGUCCUCAGGGUGACAAGAGUGAAGGUAGAUUUGAAAUAUUAAUAUAUUUUAAAUUAUGUAUAAAACUAUAUUAAAAGGUAUAAAUGUUGCUGCCCUAUGCGUGUGUGUGAAUGUGAACAUUAUCAGCAAAUAUAGUAACAACUCUAUUUAAUUACUGAUCAGAAAUUGAACCUUUUUUGAUACAAUACAUGAGGUUUUGAAAUCUUGAAUCUUUUCAUAUAUAUCUGUAAUUGAGUUUGAUUGUCUGCUGUAGACUGCUGCCUCUUUUUAACGCGCGCGCCCUCUCUCUCUCUUUCCUUCCCUGUCCACCUCCUUUCCCGCCUCCCGGAGGCAUGCAGUUUGCCCAGUGUGCACUUUCCUGGUUCCAAAUCAAUGCAAGUGGCGGAUCGCGGCUCCCAGUCGCUGCUUGCCCAGUGGUGAGCCAGGACUGUGGGACAUUGGUCCGCCCUCGUUUACCGGACACUGUGACAUGAUCCUAACAAAGGGGGACUGUUGGUCAGGCCAUGAACCCCUCAGCCCAACAAAAAAAUGUCUAAAAGCACUUUUUGUUUUCUUAUGGAGUGGGUAACUCAGCUGGCUCAGUAAUGUACCCAGUAUCUAACCCCGUGCUGCCCCUGUCCUGGGAGUGUUUGAUGGGGGGGACAGUGUAGAGGGAGCUUUACUCUGUCCCAAACCCUCGUGCUCUGCUUCUACCUUGCUUUCUGACCAUGGAUCGAGAAUUCCAUCCUUGUCAAGGAGGGCGGCGACCCACUUUAAAACACUGGGCUCGGGUGCGGGAUCCAUGCCGGAGGGCACGGGGAGGUGGGGCGGGGUGGAGGUUGGGUCUCCUACACUGUCCUAAAGAAGCUGCAGGUGUGGGUGAUGGGGCAGAAGGGCACGGCAGGGGCAGACUUGAGUGCUGAGCCUGACUGAAGCCCUGGACGAUCACCCUCCUUCCUCCCAGGGGAAUGAUACUGCUGCGUCUGAAAUGGAAUGAUUGUGUGUGUGGUGGUGGGCUAGCAAUUGUAGCCAAACGCUGGAAUUUGAGGUUUGCUGACAGAGGUACCUCACACAGAGGGUAGCAGGCUGAUGCCCUUGACAUUGUCGGACUUACCAUUGGAGCCUAGCUCCAACUCUUGCACUUGCUGCACUGUCAGUCUUUCUGUUCGGUGUUUAGACUAUAGCCUAGUUGCACUUUAACUUCUGAUAGCUGCAUUCCCCACCCCCCCCACCACCAGCCUGUUUUGCUUAAUUUUACCUCUCCAGCCUGUGGACCUGAUUUUUGGAGGGGGUUCCUACGUGCACCUUAUUGAGUUUUUGUUUGUUUGUUUGGUGUAUAACCCGGGUUUCCAUCAGUGACCCGGCUGUGUAGACUGUACUACACCAGGGGCCAGAUCCCCAUGGUCUGGUGACACUGGACAUUCCUCGGAAGUUUUUAACCUUCCAAGAGAGAUUUAAUUUGACGUCAAGUGUUUUUAUUAGGUUUUCAAGAUGAGAUUUUGGAGUUUUUAAACCUUAAGAAUGCACUUGUUAUCAUGCAAGAUGAUUUUAAUUCUUUUUUUGUUGUGCGCGUGCAUUCCCUUGCUGCCUGUAAAUACUGUCUUUUUAUAAAAAAUGGAAAAGAAUGUGCCUUAAUUAUGGUAGCUUGUUUCUCACUGAUGGGUAGUGGAAAUAAAUUUUGAUUUAUUGACCACA